CCAGUCCACACCUGCAGUGUUACAGUAGUUCAGCAGCUGCAUUUCAGACAUGAGGUCUUUGAUUCUGAUCGUCCUGGUGAUAGCGUGUGUUGCAUCGUUGGUAUCACCAAAAGGCAUUCAGCAACGAAAUGGUAGGUUGAAGAGCUCCAUAUUGUUGCGUUCCACAUUGGGUUUGGAGGGACGACGAAAUGUAAAGCGAUUCCUCGGCCUUCCAAGCUUAUCGGACAUCAAGGCGCGUAUUGGGAGCACCAUCGGCACCAUCGAGGAUAAAAUUAUUGAUACCCUCUACGCGGGAGGAGACAUAGCAUACAAUCUUGGUGAAGCUAUCCUAACGAACGAGAGGAUAACACCAUAUGCGGAAAAGAUCAGAACCAUCCUCUAUGAGCUGAAGGAGGUUGCCAGCGCAUCGGAACACGAGUGGCAGAAACUUCGUGAGCGCCUCCUAGCGGACAUCAAGGAACUCUUCGAUAGAAUCAUGGAGAAGGAAAAAGUCCAAUUCGUUUUAAACAAGGUGGAGGGUCUCAUUGACGAGGUCAGAGAAGCUGCCAAAUCAUCCAAGGAGAAAGCUAAAGAGAUUGGCAAUACCUUGACAGCUUUCUUCUUGGGAACCAUUUUUACAAUUUUUGGACCUACGUUUGAUUCGACAAUCGAACCCCCGAUUAUCCAUUGAGCCACGGACUUCUCAACAAUUUUCGAUACCUUUCGAUAGUUACAUGUAGAGAGUUUUGUCCAUGAAACAAUAAAACGUUUUACAUUUUCGUGUAAUCGUAGCCAGUGA